GCUACGCUGACAGCAGCUCUGGUACCACCUAGCUCGCGCUGACAGUCUCUCCGCGAGCGAGGUGCUGUGUGACGGCGUUAGUCAGCGCUUCAGCCCCGGCGUCUUGUUCUUCGGACUUUCCAUUUUAAAAAUAUCUCACCGCCUCGAGUGCGUUGAACACUUCACAACUGACCUGAGCAACAGCAAGUGAACACGAAUUAUUUUUUUCUCUUUCUCUUUUUCCCGCGGGUCAACCAGUCCGUUUGUGGUUGACUGAAUUUGAGGGUCCAUCCCAGGUACCCAAUUCACCGUGGUGUGUAACGCCAGCCUGCUUUUCAAUUCGUAUUUAAGCCCAUUUGUGUGGAACCGUGAGUGGAACUUUUACCUGGAAGCUUUGGGCAUCAGAAAGUCGUGUAGUCUGCCGGAGGAGACCAAAAAACCUCCUGUACUGACAGAAAAACUACCGAAGUUUCCCAACGGCAGUUGUUACCAAUGGAGCCCCGACUAAGAGAUAAUCUGAGGGUUGUGUUUGUCUUGAUCUUCUUCUCAGCAGGUUCAAGUGAACAUGACCUGGACUGGAAGUUCUGUGGCAGGUGGCGUCAUGGCAAGGCCCCCCUGAUGCUGGACGUCAACCUGACCCCAGGCUGUAGCAACAUCUUAGUUUUGGCUAACCGGAGUUCUCUGUCCAUCAACGGGCAGAUCACAGCUCAGUGUAGGCGGUCUGACAUGAUUUCCCUCAGGAAGUUUGGACUGGAGUCCCAGGAGGAAACUCAAUUCUGUCUGUACUGGGAGCCAUUACUGGACCAGCUGAAGCUGCAACUAGUUCAUAAAAAGAAGGUUAGAGAAGAGAACCUUAUUAUUUGCCAGCCUGCCAGAAUACAGGGCAACUGCUGCACUGAUCUGUCUCAAGGUCCCAACACAGAGAUCGCAGCCCACGGCAUCAAGGAUGGAAUGGUCAACAAGGAUUUUAUCACAGACAAAAUAAUGACAGCUUACAGUUUUCAAGGAGAUCCCAUAAAAUGCAAGAAAUUAUGUGAUCAACAGAGCCAGGGAUCCUCCUCUGUCACCAUGGCUUCCGACACUGUGAGGAUGUCCAGGGCUCAGCAUCACUGCGCUCUCAGCUCCGAGGUGGAGAUGAAAGAGGAUAGCACAGGCUACAACGUCACAGCGCCUGCCACUAGAGGUGUAUCUACAGAAAUCACCACCACUGUCUAUCUCCCCCCUGCUUUAAAAAGAGCUGCAAAACUGGGAAGCAAAGUAGUCUGCACCUUUUUUAAAAACAACUCCUUGUUCCAGGACAGUCAUAAGCACAGGAUUCUUGAUGAUGUGGUGGAAAUCACUGUGGAGAACGAGGUGAUCAUUAAUCUGUCUGAGCCAGUCAGGAUUGGCUUUCACCAUGAUAAAAUGCAAUCAAGGAGAUGUGUUUCAUGGGACACCAGAACAGAUCCGUUCCAGGUCAAUUGGUUGGAGGAUGGAUGCAAGACAGAAGAGAAAGGAGCCAAAUACACCGAGUGUCUCUGUAACCAUCUCACUUACUUCACUGUACUAGUGCAAAUGAAGCCUCGACCAGUGCGCCACCUGCUGGCACUGACCGCCAUUACAUCUCUGGGCUGUGCUGUAUCUGUAAUCAGCUGUGUUGCUCUCAUCGUUUAUCUCUGCAGGAAGAGCAAGCGAUCAAAGGAGCACUCCGUACCCAUCCACUUUGGCUUAGCUGCGUCUCUCGUCUUACUCAAUCUACUCUUCUUUCUCACCGGGGUCCUGGCCAAUGUGGGAGGGGAGAGUGUGUGCCCCUGGGUGGGGGCGGGCCUCCACUACGCCCUACUCAGCUCCUUCACCUGGAUGGGCAUAGAAGUUUUCCACACCUUCUGGCUAGUCUACAUGGUUUUCAUCCCCCCCCCAAAGCCAUAUGUAUGGAACCUGGUUGGCUUUGUUCUCCCUGCUCUUCCUAUAAUCAUCCUGGCUGCAAUAGGUGACAUUUAUGGAGUGAGAAAGGUGGUGCCGAGUGAUGACGUCUCCAAUCCUUAUCUGAUGUGCUGGAUGAAAGAGAACCAUGAGGCCCUGCUCGCCCACUAUUUCACCACUAUGACAAUCCUGGUUGUCCUGGUGUUCUCGGGCAUUGUGAUGCUCUUCCUAGUCUACAAGGAGAUCCGCACCAGGGAUGAAUGGAAGCAGAACCGUGUGGCUUUUCUCAGCAUCUGGGGCCUCAGCUGCCUCUUUGGGACAACUUGGGGUCUGACCUUCCUGGACUUUGGCCCGCUCUCUGACUUUGUUCUCUUCCUCUCCUGCAUCCUCAACUCGUUUCAAGGUUUCUUCCUGAUGCUGCGGUUCUGCAUAGUGGACUGGAUACGGAAACAGGCUGGGGGCUCUGGUCUGGGCAGCACCAGCACCGGGUCUACCAGGCAACACAUGCUGCAACCCCAGGAGAAGAGUUAGAUGGACUUAAAACAGGUGGCUCAUCAGAGCUGCAGGUGUCAAGCAUUUUAUGUUAAAAUGCGUUCUUUUCAUUAAAGUAAUUGACAAAAUGGAGAAACACGCACUGGUUGUGACACUGUACAUUCACUGUUUCUACAGCUGAAAUUUAGUUGUCAGUUGUGGUAGCUUCUUGGAAAUUUGAGUGGAGUGUCGUUCCACAACUGAAGAGUGACUCAAAGCGUCAGUGAGCAAGCGUUUCACACAUCCUACACCUCUGAUUCUUCUGGUAUCCUCCGGUUUUAAACAUCACAGACCAGCUGGGUUGGUAAACACAAGUACACGGAGUGAAAUCCACGGACAUCACCAGCUUAUCAAGUUAAAUGACUUUGUUCUUGUAGGUGCAGAUUGUGUUCAUUAGUCUUCUUAUGUGGUGAAGAGUAAGCAGAUUGUCCCCUGUGCAGUACAUUACUUUUGUUUAUAACAGCCACAUAAUGCACAUGCAUGGGGAAUAGAUUUUUUAUAAUCACCUUGCUGGAAGUAUUUUAAUCAACAAGAUCCACUCAAAACUGGUUCACAAAAUGGACUUGAUUUAUCUUCUCUGGAACAGUGGAGAAGAAAUGACACCAUCGCUCAGGAACUCACAAUACUCCUUAUGCAGGCCUGGAGCCUCCCAUUGUAGAAGAACUAGACUGGGUCUGGUUAUUGAAGACAAAGAAUUUAUUUGAGAUAUUUUCAAUCGUAAACAAUAUAAAGUUAAUCUUUAUUUCCAGAUAGAGAAAUGUGAGGAUCUUUUCAUUACAAUGUUCUGUCUGCAAAGAAAAACUAUAUAUUACUAUUAUGAUUAUUAUUGAAGCUCUCCGUGAACCUUAGAUAAGCUUUUUUGUACUAUGUAAGCAUUUGUUUUAUAGCUAAUUUUGCAUAUUUUUAGCACUUUAGAUUUUCAUUCUUUAAAAGAAAAUGUUUGUAUAGAACCUCAGUGAGUUAUGUGUUGUAUGUGUUAGAAGACAUUUCAUAUACAGUAUGUGCGCAUUAAAUAAUAGCUGGAUAUAAUUUUACAAUUAUCAUAAAACAUAAUUAUCGGUUCUUCAUCUUCAAAAUGGACCAAAACUUUAAAUUGAGUUACUCUUUACCUAUAUGUAGUCCAAUAUAACACAGAAAUGUCCUAUUCCUGUAUAUAUCUUUUGACUGUAUGACAAACAUUUCAUCUCCAGCAAAACCACCAAGUCUGUGAUUAGAUACUGUGAUAUUUGCACUUUUUUUAUUUUCCAAGGUGAAACUGAAUGCCACUCACAUGAUUGUGAAUUGUUGAGUUUUAGUGGAUCAAUGUAAAUAGUGU